CCCCCUCCCCAUUCCUCAUGCACCUUCCGGACAUUAUAUCGGAGCCGGCGUAGAGCAGGUAGAGCAUCCUCCGCUCUCCUCUCUACCAUACAUAAACUUCCCUUACUCUUUCUUUCACCUAACCUUACCCACUUUGCGUUUGGUUUCUAAGAUGCAUCUCUCCAAGCUUGUCAUUGGUGUCUUGGGGUGCACCCUCUUCAGUGGGUCGUCUCACUCAUUCCCGGGGGACGGAGUCCUUAUCCCGAAAGCGAAUACUACGGAACCCCCUUCCCAAGCGGACGCAAUUCGACUAUGCAAGUCCAAAGAAUUCGGGUUGGUUGUUGAGAAUUGGUUUGUCAGCGAAGCUACAGAAUGGCUCCAAGAGUAUACGAAGAAGAACAGACAUACAGACAACUACAAGCAACGGGGUGUUAUUGGCGCUAUUGCCUACGACUACCUUGGCGAUACUGGCAUGGUCUGUGGCACAAACACCGCAUCUCUCUGUAAGUGCCAACCCUGACCUUGAAUCCUCCCGCACCUCCAUGCCCAUUUUUUUUUAAAAACAAUCUGUAGGUCAGGUCGAUUGUGUCAAUCUCGUCAAGAGUAUACCGGAUGUUCUGGAAGCUCAGAAGGUCUAUUUUGUCUUGAAGUCUGCUCAGCACCUCAAUCUCGUCUUCGAUACAGUCCGCGUAAGUGGUUAUUCCUGUGCUUUAGAUAUAUCCAGUAAUUAGUGGUGUGGUUCGACAGAAAGACUUGACCGCCGCCCAAGCGAACGUCGCUCUCCUUGCUCCGUCGAUGGCCAAGGCCCUGCGUUGGCCUGAAAAGUCUGACUACGAGCGAACCCACGAACUCCUCAUUGGUUAUCUGAAUGUCUUCAUUCAGAUAGUCAUCGCGUCUGUAACCGCCUGGGUGCCCGGAAGUUCCAUCCUCUCUUUCGCCAAAGAGUCGUGGGAGAUGGCACAAGUCAGCGUAGAUGCCCUUCAGGCUCAUAUCCGGGAAGUCAAAUUGAAAAGUUCCAGCGAGGUCGCCUCCGAGCGACUCCUCGAGGCACAACGCGAGACAAAAAGACGCCGGGAACUUUACGAUCGUAUCGUCGCUAGCGGAGCCCAGAAAUCGCUCGCGGACGAGAAAUGGUAUCAAGCUGCUAGCCCUUGGCUUGGAGUUAUAGUACCACAGAUGGCUUUCGACACUACCGGUAUUGGCAAGUACAAGCACACUGCUUUUGGAGGCGGCGAGGGUUCUGUGGAAAGGAACACAGAGGAGCUUUUGCUUUACCUCAAGGGAACCGGAGAGUUUACGAGGCGAAGGCUCGGGGAUGGAGUCGAUGAACUUUUCAAGGGCAUCGACGCUGACGAAGAAGGUGAGUGUUUGUGCUUCACUCCGCCGAAAUUCCGACUUUGAUUCCCGAUUCCGACUAUGAGUAUUCAGGAGCAACAAGCUUCUCCAAACUCGCCGGCUCCGGUGGGUAUCUCCCACCGACCUCUGAGGCUCUCUCCUUGUGGACUGGGCCCGGAAUUGAAGAGAAGCUUACCAGGAACUUCAUGCUGAAGGCACUCGACACUACCCUUAGGUCUCAGGAAAUCUGGAUUACCUGCACCAAGGACUUCAAGACAGUCAAGCCCCGUGCCGACAGCACAUCGCCCGCCAAGUACCCCACGAACAUUUGCCCGAAGGACAUGUCGGGCCCACAAGAUCUCAAGGAAUGUGUUGAUGGCUACGUCUGCUACAUGUAUAAGUGGAUGAGUAGAUACACUGCAUACGCCAGCCAUCGUGUUGAGUACCCCUUCGGAAUGCAAGACAUCCAGGACGCUCCCUACGAUGUUGAUCCUAAGGUAUAGAUGUAUACACAUAUAGAACCCCUUGUGGCUGAGUAUUGCGCUGACAAAAAAUCAUCAGGACAUCAUCCACUCCUCUGUCAUGACCUACAUGGAGCAACACAAGAAAGACACCUCGCCCCCCGAGACAUUAAGCCUUGCUUCAUUCAAGGAUGCCGCCUCGAGCAAGAAGGUCUGGGAUGCCCGCCAGCCCGGUUUCUUCACUGUUCCCGUCUGCAUGUCUCAGUACAACUUCAAUACUCCCAUCGAACCCGUGGACAAGACAACCUGCUUCCUCAACCCCGACUGCCGCCAAAAGACUCUGCCCUGUAACUGCGGCCCCUACGGCAGCGAGACAAAGGUCCUCUGGAGGGAAGCCGGCCUGUGGGACCUUCCGUCUGCGGAAGAUUAUAGGAAGGGGCACUGCUCUCGCCAAAUCCACAAGAGAAUUGAGGACGAUCUGGAAAAGUACACUGCGCACUGCGGCAUCGAGAUUCACAAAGGGGGUUCAAAAAAGAAGUCCAUUGGGGCUAAUGCCAUGUGCGGCCCUAUCUUGGAGCAGCUCAAGGAGGCGGGUUAUCCUCCUUCGACUACUAUGUCACCCACCUUCAAGACAAAGUUGUUGUGCCUGGCUGGCAAGAUCAGCAUGGAGAAGUGCGCGCAGUUCGGGGCCUUAAUCCAGACGAUUGGCUGAUAGAUCUGGGGGUUUGGGGGAGGAGGAGGGAGAGGUAAAAUGCUAUUUGAAGGGAGGUGGGCGGAACCAAAAGAGUUUGGGAGUUGAAAACCCUCGCAUUUUUGGGAAGUUUUCGAGAAUUGCACCACUACAACCUCGGCAGAUGUCAUAUGACAGCUCGGUUCCUCACGAUGCAAUGAGCAAACUUAGUUUUGCAAGAGGUGUUUGAAAGGUAAGAUGGAGGAGUAUUUUCUGGUUUUAAUACUAAGCCUAAAUGCCAUGACCUUACCCUUU